GCAGGCGACUCGGACUUCUUCACAACUCACAACAAGAUUUCGCACUGUGAGUUGAGAGUGACUCAGAGGUCUGGACACGGUUCCUAGGCAUUGCACUCUGUGUCCUGGUCUCUCGCUCAUCCCAUUCAUUCACUCUCCAGUCUUCUUAUCUCCAAGUCCAGGAAGCCUUCUCUCUCUCGAUAUCUCGCUGGAUAUCCCGAAGACAAAGAACCACUAGUUAGGUAUGGCAGACGCGAUCUCCAAGGAAAUCUCCAAGGAAAACACCAAGGAUGUCGCCGACCGCACCAAACCCAACAAAAAGGGCCCAAAGCCGCCCAAGGACCUGUCUGCCAAACCCAAGCAGAAGCCCAAGCAGCAGUCCAAGAAGAUGGAGGGCGCUGCGCUCAUCGGGAUCGAUACCGCGAAGGAGGUCGAUCUUGGCGAGUGGUAUUCGCAAGUCCUCACGAAAGGCAACAUGAUCUCCUACUACGACGUGUCCGGCUGCUACAUCCUCGAACCCGCCUCAUACGCCGUCUGGGAGUCGAUACAGGCAUGGUUCAACCUGAAGAUCAAGGCGAUGGGCGUGCGCAAUUGCUACUUCCCCUUGUUCAUCUCUGAAGACAACCUGCAGCGAGAGAAGGACCACGUGGAAGGGUUUGCGGCUGAGGUCGCUUGGGUCACGGAAGGUGGGAAAAGCAAGCUCGAUAAAAAAGUCGCCGUGCGCCCGACAUCCGAAACGGCCAUGUACGGCUACUUCGCGAAGAAAAUCCAGUCUCAUCGCGACCUCCCACUGAAGCUGAACCAGUGGAACAGCGUGGUCCGGUGGGAGUUCAAACAUCCCAUGCCUUUCAUCCGAUCGCGAGAGUUCCUGUGGCAGGAAGGACACACGGCACACUUGACCGAGGAGGCGGCGGACCGCGAGGUGCUGGAGAUCCUCGACCACUACGCCGGCAUCUACGAGGAACUGCUCGCCGUCCCCGUCAUCAAGGGCCGGAAAACCUUGGCCGAGCAAUUCCCCGGCGCGCAUUACACGACCACCAUCGAAGGCUAUAUCCCCGCGACCGGACGCGGGAUUCAAGCCGGCACAUCUCACUGCCUCGGCCAGCACUUCAGCAAGAUGUUCAACAUCACCGUCGAGGAUCCCUCCGCGAAGGGCGCCGAUGGCGAGAGGAAGCCGCCCAUCCACGUCUGGCAGAACUCCUGGGGCCUGAGCACCCGGUCCAUCGGCGUCAUGGUCUUGGUCCACAGCGACAACAAGGGCCUCGUCAUCCCCCCCCGUGUCGCCGAAAUCCAGGUCGUCAUCGUCCCCGUCGGAAUCACCGCGAAGACCUCGGACGAGGACCGCGCUACCAUGUACGGCGAGACGCGCAAGGUCGCCGCGUCGCUGCGAUCCGCCGGCGUGCGCGUCGAGUUGGACCUGCGCGAGGGUUACUCCCCCGGCUACAAAUUCAACGACUGGGAACUCAAGGGCGUCCCGCUGCGGCUCGAGAUCGGCCCCAAAGACCUCGCUAAGGGCGUCGCCACCACCUCGCGCCGCGACCAAGAAAAAGACGGCAAAGGCGAGCUCCCCCUCGCCGACCUCGCCACCUCCGUCCCGGCCCUCCUCGAGACCAUCCAAAAAGACAUGUACAACUGCAUCGACGCGCAGUACAAAGCGCACCGCAAGCAGUUGACUAAUUGGGACGACUUCGUCCCCAGUCUGAACAACAAAAACGUCAACAUCGUCCCGCACUGCCUGCAGCCCGAUUGCGAGGACACGAUCAAAGACCUUAGCACGCGCAAGGAGAUGGACGGCGCGCCCGAGGACUCCAAGGCGCCGAGCAUGGGCGCGAAGAGCCUGUGCAUCCCGUUCGAGCAGCCCGCGGGCAUCAUCGAGGGGGAGACGCGCUGUAUCAACCCCGAGUGCGGGCGGUUCGCGAAGAAGUGGGUGAACUUCGGACGGAGCUAUUAAGGAAGGAAGGAUGGAAGGAAGGAAGCGGUGGUGAUU